AUGGGCCGUGCAAGGAGCAAAUCCAGUCUGGGUGUAGACAUUAGAGGCGACACCAGUGCACCAGCCAUGUCCACCAUGUCCGCGGACAUCGAUAGUCCCAUUAGUCCCACCCUAGAGCAGUUCCAGUUCGCUGCGCCUGGAAAGGCAGCCAAACCGCACCAUCAUAAACGACGGAAGCCACGGUCGAUUCUUCGUCGGUCAAAGGAGCUUAUCCUGAAGCACACUUGGUUGAUGCCUCUGGUCAUUCUGAGUGUUUUGCUCUCUGCCUACGCCCUCAACCCCAAUGAAUCGAACCCUUUACAUAGCGCCAUUUUCCUGUCCUACCCACGCGAACCGACAUACCCUGGCGAGCCGGUGAUGUAUGGAAAGGGAAAGAAGGAUUUUGCGUUCGUUGCUUUCUAUACCGUGGUUCUCUCGUUCACGCGCGAAUUCCUCAUGCAGCGCAUGAUUCGCCCAUUGGCCAUUUUCAGCGGGCUUCGAAACAAAGGUAAAAUUUCUCGUUUCAUGGAACAGUUUUAUACUGCGAUUUACUUCGCCAUCUUCGGUCCGUUCGGUCUCUGGGUCAUGAGUCGCACCAACAUCUGGUAUUUCAAUACGACCGCGAUGUUUGAAGGAUUUCCACACCGGGAGCAUUCGGUUGAGUUCAAGGCGUAUUAUCUACUCCAGGCCGCAUACUGGUUCCAACAGGCCAUCGUGCUCAUGUUGCAGCUGGAAAAGCCCAGGAAAGAUUUCAAAGAGCUUGUUGGGCAUCAUAUCAUCACUCUCGCCUUGAUCUUCCUGAGCUACCGCUUCCACUUCACUUAUAUGGGCCUGGCAGUUUACAUUACACACGAUAUCUCGGAUUUCUUCCUCGCGACAUCAAAAACCCUCAACUACCUGGAUUCAUCAAUCACUGGACCCUAUUUCGCUUUCUUUGUGUCGGUGUGGGUUUAUUUGCGACACUACAUCAACCUGAAGAUUAUCUGGGCCGUUCUCACCGAGUUCCGCACAGUCGGACCGUUUGAGUUGAACUGGGACACGCAGCAAUACAAGUGCUGGAUCAGCCAAUAUAUUACGUUUUCGCUGCUUGCUAGUCUCCAGGCGGUCAAUCUCUUCUGGCUCUACUUGAUCUUGCGCAUUUUAUACAACUACUUGUCCAAUAGCGUUACCGAGGACGAGCGGAGCGACAACGAAGAAGAAGAAGAAGAAGACGACGACGGCGUUGCUGCCGACACUGCCAAGGCAACAGCUGUGUCGAACAAUGGCGACCAGGCCCGACGAAGAGCUGGUGCUAAGGACAACGCUACUCCUCAAGUUCUUGUCAAUGGGAGCCCAGUGGAUGCACCAGCUGCCAAUGGCAAGAAUCACUAA